CGAGUGUACCCACUCAUUAGCAGGGGAAGCAGCAUAAAAACGUCCUCGUCCACUCACUUAAAUGCACAUUUGGCUGCCUAAUUAUCAAAGUUGUCAACGCAUUGCCUCACACACACAAGCACACACACAGCAGCAGCAACAGCUAAGCCAAGCCAACAACAACAACAACGACUACAAGGAAAUGGCGCAUAAAAACGUGACCAACAAUGGAGCACUGAGGGUCGCACUCAUCUAUCGCAUAGACAGCCCAUCGCUUCACACAUCUCAUCUCAGUGCAUCUCAUCUAACCAUCGUUGUCGUUGUGUUGUGUUGGUGUAAGUAGCAUACAUGUGAUUCUACAUUAGUGUGGGUGUGCAACGGGCGUGUGAGGCGAGGCGACAGCUUCAAGUGUCAUUGACGAACUCCUGCAAAUACACAAGAUGACAUAAUAAGGUGUUAAUGACCAGAGUUCAAAAUAAUCCGCUAGUAAAAUCUGAUAAUAUGAUGACAUAAAUCAUAUAAGCCACAUUUCUGGAGCACUACAACCGAAAAGACAUACUGAAAGAUAGAGAAUAGCAUGCAAUUAAUCGUAAAAGGAGUGCCUCACCAUGGAUAAGAAAUUAAAAACCAAAUCUAAAACGAAAAGCCUCAAGCCAAAUAAAGAGUCAAGCACGAAACUGGAUGUUGAUCUAUGGGAGCAAAAUGAGGAUCGUUUCACAAUCUGCGAAUUUAUGCCGGAUCGUCAAGCAAAUAAAUCGCCGCAAAACAUCAAAGCUGCAGCAACAUCUGGAGCUGUCGUGUGUCCUGGUAAUGCAGAGGCCUUAUCGUUGACUGCAUCAGGAUCAGGCAAAGAGGCACCAGUGCCACAGCUAAGCACCACACCCACAGCCAUAAGCAUUGCUGGUUGUGCCUCGGGCACAGCGUUAGUUACUCUCGAUCCAGAUGCCGCAACUAUUGAAGCAACCGAGCCGGAACGAGGCAACUGGACGGGUCGCUUUGAUUUUCUUCUAUCGCUGCUGGGGUACUCAGUGGGCUUGGGCAACGUUUGGCGCUUUCCGUACCUCUGUUACAAUAAUGGAGGCGGUGCCUUUCUUAUACCCUUCACUAUUAUGCUAAUUAUAGCUGGCCUGCCGUUGAUGUUUAUGGAACUUUCGUUUGGUCAGUAUGCUGCACUCGGUCCAGUUGCCAUCUAUCGUCGCUUCUGUCCAUUAUUCCGUGGACUAGGCACUGGAAUGGUUAUCGUUUCCGCCAUUGUUAUGCUGUACUAUAAUUUAAUUAUUGCCUGGACCAUAUUCUAUAUGUUUGCCUCGUUUCGAACUCAGUUGCCCUGGCAGAAUUGUGAGCCCGAGUGGAGCACUGUGCAUUGCUUCUCCUACGUAAUGGCGGAUCAGUGCGAAGCUUCCAAUGGCACCUACUACCUUCGAAAAUGUUACAAUUCCACAGCCGCCGAGGAGCACAAUAUUACCGAGAAAGCAUUGCAUGCCCUCAAGCGACCUCCCGCCGAGGAAUAUUUCAACAACUUUGUGCUUGGUCUAUCAUCGGGGAUUGAAGAGACGGGCAGCAUUAAAUUUUCAUUGGCUGCUUGUCUAUUGAUUGCCUGGGUCAUAGUGUUUCUCUGCCUCUGCAAGGGUGUGCAAUCAUCAGGCAAGGUUGUUUACUUUACGGCGCUGUUCCCCUAUCUGGUACUGGUGAUUCUCUUCUUUCGGGGCGUGACAUUGCCCGGUGCAAACACAGGCAUACUGUUCUAUCUCACGCCAGACUGGAAGCAACUGGCCAAUGCUCAGGUUUGGGGAGAUGCAGCUGUGCAGAUCUUCUUUGCGCUAAGCCCUGCUUGGGGUGGUCUCAUUACACUCUCAUCGUACAAUAAGUUCUCCAAUAAUUGCUAUAAAGAUUCACUCAUCGUGGCGUUUUGUAACAUUGCCACCUCAUUUUUUGCGGGGCUGGUGAUAUUUUCCAUCAUUGGUUUUCUGGCUCAUGAGCUUGACGUGGAGGUGAAAAAGGUUGUAGAUCAAGGCGCUGGUCUGGCAUUCAUUGUCUAUCCAGAGGUCGUCACUCGUCUGCCCAUCUCGCCUGUCUGGUCGGUGUUGUUUUUCGUCAUGCUGCUCACCUUGGGAUUGGACUCACAGUUUGCGCUAAUGGAGACCGUAACUACUGCCAUAUUGGACAAAUUCCCUAAUCUACGACAAUACAAAACUUGGGUUGUACUAUUUGUUGGUAUAUUUGGCUAUGUCGGCGGCUUGGGAUUCACCACGAAUAGCGGAAUGUACUGGCUGCAACUAAUGGAUAAAUAUGCCGCCAAUUGGUCUGUGCUGUUGAUUGCCAUUUCGGAAUGUGUGCUGAUCGCCUGGAUCUAUGGCUCGCAGCGCUUUCUCAACGAUAUACAGGGCAUGAUUGGCAAGCGAUCGCGUUUAUGGAACUUCUUUUGGGGUGUCAUGUGGCGAUACAUAACACCAGCCACACUUCUGUUUAUUCUAUUCUUCAACUGGGUGGAAUACAAGCCUGCGCAGUAUGGACAUUAUGUGUACCCGCUGUGGGCAGAUACUGUUGGCUGGAUUAUUGGUUUAUUGCCAGUGUUCAUCAUAUUUGUGGUGGGUGUGCAGCAGAUCUGCAAAGCGCCAAAGCAUCUGAAUUUCAGGGAUCGCCUCAAGCACUUGUUGCGACCAACCGCCGAAUGGGGACCCGCUGGCAGACCCUGUGUCAAUUUGCAUGCCGAACGCUAUCAGAGCCAGAACUAUGAUCGAGUGACAAACACUCAAAUUUUAAUCAGCGGAGCUCCGUUGGAGGUGACACCAUACGAGGAUGCGAGCAAUGGCAAUGGCAACGACAACGGCAAUGCGAAUGCCACAAAUGGCACCGACAAUGGCUGUCGUGAUGUUGGGAUGCAACUCUGAG